GGCUAGCCUCUCUCUUCACAUUUUGGCCUAAUUCGAGAAAGACGGUGGAUAAAGUCAGUGCAAAAUUCUUUGUAAACUGCAGGAAGAGUUAGAUUAUUUGGACGUAUUCAAGCCAACACAAGGAUGGCACCUUAUUCGGUGAGUUUUAAAGAAGAAAAUGCUCAUGAAGCAAGUAUCUGGGCUGUUGCAUGGAGGAAAAACGAGAAAGAUGGAAGUGAGAAUAUUGUCAGUGGCGGUUUGGAUGAUUUUGUGAAAUUCUGGAAAUGGCAAAAUGGUCGGCUGGAGCACCAAAACACUUUUGAAGGUCAUCAACUUGGCAUUGUUUCAGUUGCAAUCAACAGUGCAGGAAACUUGGCUGCCUCAAGCUCGGUAGACAGCUAUGUCAGGAUUUGGGAUCUAGAGCUUGGAAAACAGAUAAAAAGUAUUGAUCUUGGACCGGUUGAUACUUGGACUGUCACAUUCUCUCCUGAUUCAAAACAAAUUGUCACUGGAAGUCACCCUGGAAAAGUCAACUUUGUUGGAAUAGAAAGUGGUAAAAAAGAGGAGUCCCUUGAUACAAGAAGUAAAUUUACAAUGAGUAUAGCAUAUAGUCCUGAUGGUCGAUAUGUUGCAUGUGGUGCUAUCGAUGGUAUUGUGAAUAUUUUUGAUAUGCCAACAAGAAAAUUACUGCAUACACUCGAAGGUCAUGCAAUGCCAAUUAGGUCCUUGACAUUUUCUCCUGAUUCUCAACUGCUUGUAACAGCAUCUGAUGACGGACAUUUAAAGAUGUAUGAUGUGCAACAUGCUAAUUUGGCAGGAACAUUGUCAGGACAUGGAUCUUGGGUCUUGAGUGUUGAUUUUUCUCCUGAUAAUACUCAUUUUGUCUCUGGCUCCAGUGACAAGUCGGUCAAAGUAUGGGAUGCUAGUAGUAGGCAGUGCAUACAAACAUUUUAUGAACACAGUGAUCAGGUAUGGGGAGUUAGUUACAACAACAAUGGAUCAAAGAUUGUAUCAGCAUCAGAUGAUAAAUCUCUUGUGGUUUAUGAUGUACCGUUAUAGAAAUGGAUGAAUCUAGAAGAAAGUGCCUGAUACUAGAACAUUCAGAUGCACCACGUGCUUCUAGUCCAGGUUCAUGACUUUGCACUACAAGCCAUUUGAAGACAUGAUGUGUCUUUAAUCAUGUGAUAAUUGUCUUGACCAGAAGGUAAAUUACAGAAGGAGCAGGUUGUGACAAUUUUUGAAAGUAUUUCAAGACUUGUUUACAGUAAGGUUUAUUUCAGAUUGUUAGACAAAAAUGCCUUGUUUCAAACUUUGAAAGAAAAAAUCAUAAUUGCUACAUUUUGAUAAAAUAUUUUACACCUUUGGUAAAAGAGCAGAUGCUUACAGUU